CUUUAUGGUGAUAACUUUUCAGUAUCAGAAAUUUUUGUAAUUUAAAAACAAAGGGUGAAAUUUUCAUAAGAUGAAUCGUUUAGUUGCAAAACAAACUUUCAAAACCCUUAAAUUGUUUACAAACGUAAACAACAUGACGAAGAUCACUUUCUCCACAGAAAUUCCAAAAAAUAUAUUGGUAGACACAAUUUCGGCUGAUAAACAAACGGAAUGUGGUGCCGUAUACGAUAAGAAGCCUUUCAAAAUGUCCUUAGAAGCAGGAAAGAAAUACUCUUGGUGUUCUUGCGGUAAAUCGAAAACUCAACCCAUGUGCGAUGGAACUCAUAAAAUUAAUCAAUUGAAAAUUAAAUUGAAGCCUAUUCGAUUUGCAGUAGCUGAAAGCAAAGAUUAUUGGUUGUGUAAUUGCAAGCACACAAACAACAGGCCGUUCUGUGAUGGAUCUCACAAGUCAAAAACUGUUGAAGAAGCAAGUUCAGUGGUACGGCAAUAGAACAAACACAUUUAUUUUAAAUGUUCUUUUCACUAUAUAUGUACAUAAUUAACUAGAUUACUAAAAAAAAACUUGGGGAUGAUGAACAG